AUGACUUCUCCCAACGCAUUACCAGGAGUCCUUUCCUCUCCCUCCUCCUCCAAUUCCCCUGUUUUAACCUCGCAAUCAAGUCACGAUGUAUUCUUAAACUUUCGAGGUGAAGAUAUACGCAAUAAUUUUACUGGUCAUCUUUACCAAGCUUUGGUUCAAAAUGGAAUCAACACUUAUAGGGAUGACAAGAAGCUGGAAAAAGGAGAAGAAAUUUCACCUGCACUUUUAAAGGCCAUUGAAGAGUCAAAGAUUUCACUCAUAAUAUUUUCUAAAAGCUAUGCGUCAUCUUCAUGGUGUUUGGAUGAGCUGCUGAAGAUCCUAGAAUGUAAAGAAUCAAAACAACAGAAGGUUCUAGCAGUGUAUUACAAAGUCAAGCCAUCAACAGUACGAUACCAAAAAAAUAGUUUUAAAAAGGCGUUCGCUGAACAUGAAAAAAGGUUCGAUGAUGCUAGAGUUCAGAGUUGGAAGACUGCCUUGAAUCAAACUGCCGGGCUAAGCGGUUUUCAUUUGAAGAUCGACCAGGAUGAAUCUAAGUUUAUCCAGAAGAUUGUUCAAAAGGUCUCAACAAGCUUACCAAAUCGUUUUCACUUGGAUGUGGCCGAGUAUCCAGUGGGAAUAGAGUCUCGUGAAGACUAUAUUAAAGAGAAGCUAUUAUGUAUUGAGGAGAAUGACGUACGCAUGAUAGGGAUUCACGGUAUUGGUGGAAUUGGUAAAACAACUAUUGCAAAACAUAUGUAUAACCUCAUUGCUGAGAAGUUUGAAGGCCGUUGUUUUCUUGCUGAUGUUAGAGAAUCUUCAAAGCAAAAUCGAGGUCGUCUCAGACAAUUGCAAGAGAAAAUUCUUUCUAACAUUCUAGGAAAGUCACAAAGGGUUGAUGAUGAUGAUCAUGGAAUGGGAUUGAUAAGGGAUAUACUUUGCCGUAAAAAAAUUCUUUUGGUUCUUGAUGAUGUUGAUCGUAUGGACCAAUUAAAAAAAUUAUGUGGAAAAUGUGAUUGGAAAUGA